AUGGCGACCCCCAAGCCGACGACGUGUAAGGAAGCGAUCAAGAAGUUCGAGACGGCCAAGGGCGUGAAGGCCGCGGAGGAGGUGAAGGUUCUGCUGUAUGCGCAGGUUCCCCCCAUCGAGAAGAUGGACGCGGCACUUCAGACCCUCACCGCGUGCGAGCACCUCUCGCUGUCCACGAACAACAUCGAGAAGAUCCAGCCGCUGACGGGCCUGGAGAACCUGAAGAUCCUCAGCCUCGGGAAGAAUCUGAUAAAGAAGCUCGACAACCUGGACGGCGUGGCGGAGACGUUGGAGGAGCUGUGGAUCUCGUACAACCUCGUGGAGAAGCUCAAGGGUGUACAACAGCUGACAAAGCUGCGGGUGCUGUACGCGAGCAACAACAGGAUCGAGGACUUCGACGAGCUCAACAAGCUGACGGAGCUGUCGAAGCUCGAGGAGCUGCUGCUGGUGGGCAACCCGAUUUUCACCGAGGCGGAGGAGCCGAACGCGGAAGGCAGCGACUACAGGCUGAUGGUGCUCAAGCGGGUGCCGCAGCUGAUGAAGCUGGACGGAAUUCCCGUGACGUCGGAGGAGCGCGAGAAGGCGGCCACGUUCGAACCGGCGCCUGAGGAGUAA